ACUUAAUAUUAAAUAGUGUGUUAAUAUCGCCGGUAUCAUAUCAAAAUAUGAGUAGAGAAUUGAGAUUGUUUGAACACGGUAUGAAAAUAUGUCCAAACAUCAUCGUCUCGGUGGAACAUCUUCGUAAAGGAAGGAUAUGGGAAUGGAUCAAGAUUGGCAAUGUAAUCAUAAAGAAUAUCUCAUCGAAUAAAUGGCCGAAGUAUGUCAUUUUUUUCGAUUUAGGUGUAAUGAGCAGGAAAUGCCUGACAAUACAAAAUUUUUUUUGAUGGGAAUGAA